AUGAGUUUACCUUUCAAAAGCUCCGAGUUUGAUCAUUAUGGAGGCCCAUUUAUGAAGUUUCAUCCCAGGGCCUCGGCAAAGAAGCACUCAUCCUGGUUCUCGUCGAAUCUGUCAACAGUAUCGAAUACUUCAAAAAAAUUGGUAUAUAUCAUCUGUUUACCACUACUGAUUUUAUCACUGAUUCUAUUCCCUAGUCUUCGCCCUUCAGUGCAUAUGCCAGGUUUCUUCUCUGUCAGUAGUAGUUUGAUGCAAGAUGAUCCUAAUAUCGAUUCGGUGUUUCACUAUGAUUUGGCUGAUAGUAAGGGAACCGGACAAGGAUGGACCAAGAAUGAACGAAUUCUAUACCUUGUUCCUUUGAGAGACGCUGCUCCUCACUUGAACAUGUUUUUUGGCCACAUGGUCAAUCUUACCUAUCCUCAUAAUUUGAUUGAUCUGGCCUUUUUAGUGUCGGAUUCCAAGGAUAACACUUUGGAGGCACUGAGAGAGCAUCUUGUGACACUGCAAGAAGAUCCCGAUCCAUCAAAGAGAUUCGGUACUAUCGACAUUUAUGAGAAGGACUUUGGUCAAGCUAUUGGCCAGGGAUUCUCUGAUCGUCACGGAUUCGAGGCCCAAGGACCUCGUAGAAAGCUCAUGGCCAGAGCAAGAAAUUGGCUGCUGGGAGUUGCCCUGAAACCUUAUCAUUCGUGGGUAUACUGGAGAGAUGCCGAUGUUCAGACCGUUCCACCCACUAUUUUAGAGGAUCUCAUGGGUCAUGAUAAAGAUGUCAUUGUGCCUAAUGUAUGGAGACCUCUACCAGACUGGCUGGGUAAUGAACAGCCAUAUGAUCUUAAUUCUUGGCAGGAGUCGGAAACUUCUCUCCAGCUUGCUAAUCAACUUGACGAGGAUGCUGUUAUUGUGGAGGGAUAUGUGGAGUAUGCCACUUGGAGACCCCAUUUGGCGUACCUGCGUGAUCCUUACGGAGAUCCAACUGUUGAGAUGGAGCUCGACGGUAUUGGAGGUGUGUCUAUCUUGGCCAAGGCUAGCGUUUUCCGAAGUGGUGCACACUUCCCAGCAUUCUCCUUUGAGAAACACGCCGAGACCGAAGGGUUCGGUAAAAUGUGCCGUAGAAUGGGCUACUCUGUGGUUGGUCUUCCUCACUAUACCAUCUGGCACAUUUACGAGCCUUCUUCGGAUGAUUUGAAACACAUGGAAUGGAUGGCACAAGAAGAGGAGCGUCAACACAAGGAAGAGAAGCUAAGAGAGCUGAGAGACCGAAUCUGGGCGGCUGGUUUCGAAGAUGUCGGCAAUGAAUGGCGUAUUGAAAGGGCCAACAUUCUGAAAAAUACCGAGCAGGACGAGCUUCCUCUGAACCAAGAAUGGUAUGGCAAUAGCAAGAUUCCCGGUGGCAGACUUGCAUCUAUCGACGAUGAAAAGGAUAUUAGUAUAGGAGCUCGAGCCGCUGGCGUGGGUUCUGGUAGUAAAGGCAAGAAGAAGGCAAAUUAA